AUGAAUUUAUUAGUUUUAUCUGUUAUUUUAGCAAUUAUAAUAUAUUUAAUAUUUAAAAGAAAUUAUAAAUAUUCACCAUCAAAAAUAAAUUCAAAAAUACCAGGACCAAUUGGCCUACCAAUAUUUGGUAAUAUAUUAUCAUUGGAUAAUAAGAAUGGUAUACAUACAACAUUUCAAAAAUGGUUUAAAAUAUAUGGUCCGAUUUAUAGUGUGAAUAUGGGUAAUAAAAGUGCAGUUGUUUUAACUGGAUUUCCAAUUAUUAAAAAAGCAUUUAUUGAUAAUUCAGAAGCAUUUGCACCACAUUAUACCUUUGAAAGUAGAUAUAAAUUAAAUAAAUGUAGUGAUAUUACUCAAGAAAAUGGUAAAAAUCAAUCAGCAUUAAAAAGAAUAUUUCUAUCUGAAUUGACAGUAACAAGAAUUAAAAAACAAGAAUCACAUAUUCAAAAUGAAAUUGUUAAAUUAAUGAAGGUAUUAGAUAAACAUUCAGAAGAUGGUAAACCAUUUUUAUUGAAUAAUUAUUUUUCAAUGUUUUCAAUUAAUAUAAUUUCAAGAUUCUUAUUUGGUAUUGAUUUUCCAUAUCAAGAUUUUGAAGAAACUAGUGAUCUAAUGGUUGGUAUAAGAGAUUUAUUAAUUGCAUCUGGUGAGAUAGUUUUAUCGGAUUUCUUACCAAUACCACAUUCAAAAAGAUCAAAACUAUAUACAUCAUAUCAAGCAUUGGUAGUACAAAUUGAAACUCUUGUUAAAAGUCAUAAAUAUAAAGAAGAUGAUGAAUGUAUGUUAUCAAAAUUAAUGAUUGAACAUGAUAAAGGUAAUAUUCCAUGGGAUGCGGUCAUUUCAAAUUGUAAUACCAUUAUUACAGCAGGUUCAGACUCAACAUCUAGUACUGCAUUAUUCUUUUUAAUUGAAAUGAUGAAUAAUCCAACAAUUCAAACAAAAGUUUACAAUGAUAUAGUUGUUUCAUUUGAACAAAAUCAACAAGCAGAUGAUUAUAUGAAUGAGAGUAUGGUAAUAUUAAAAUAUUCAAAAUAUCGUUCAUUAAUACCAUACCUAUCAUUAGCAUUAAAAGAAAACUAUAGAAAACAUCCUGCAGCUCCAUUUGGUGCACCACAUGAAACCACCCAAGAAACUGUGAUUGAAGGGUACACAAUUGCAAAAGGUACAAUGAUUUUUCAAAAUAUUUAUGCAACUCAAAGAUCUGAUACAUUCUAUAGCCAACCAGAUGAAUUCAUACCAGAAAGAUGGAAUGGAGAUGAAAACUCUCAAACAUUAAUUAGUUUUGGUACAGGAAUUAGAGAUUGUAUUGGUAAAUCACUAGCAUAUAAUGAAAUCUUUACAAUUAUUGCUUCUGUUUUGAAUAGAUAUGAAUUUAUAAAUCCAAACCCUUCAAUUCCAUUUGAUGAUAAUGGUAUUCCAGGUUUAACAACACAAUGCAAAAAUACAGUUGUUCAAAUUAAAAAAAGAUAA